CUACAGCUUUGUGAAUGAUAGUCGCCCUAACGUCCCGCCUGCCCGAACACCGAAACGUCGACAUGCUGCUCUCAUGUACGUGUCCCCUCGUUUUUAAUCGUUUCCAUAACCGCCCAGUAAAUCACUCCCUUUGCCUGUCUUUGACCCGAAGAUUCUAGUACCACAACUUUCCCGUUCUCUGUCAAGCAUGCUUCGCGGAUGCGGAGUGCCGUAAGUUCCAUUCUAUACUCACCACAAACCCUAGUCUCUUCUUGCUCUUCUAUUCCCUUUUCGCACAUGACCUCGCGCUUUAACAUAGACGGCUAUGUAAAUACUUGGUUCAGAUCCUACAAUGAGGGUGAGCUCUGUGUGAAACAUCUGGAUCGGCUGCGCAUGCGAAGUCGCUCUAAUUCCACUUUUACUUUGCGGCAACUUCUUAGCCUCCCGCGCCCUUGUGUCAGGUGGGAUGCGGCAUGGGUGCAACGUGUGUACCGAGGCGGUCGUGCGACCCGUGUACCGACAGCCUUCUUCCUCGUUCUUCCAGGGUCUUGGUCCAUUGCGCCUUCUGCUUUGUGCCACGAAGAUGGCGAAUCUUUUGGUGCGUUAUCGCCAAAAGCGCUUUCAUCUUCCAUAGGGCCGGAAACAAAUUGCUCCAUAUAAUUCACCGCUCCAGAUCCGACAGUGCCCAAGAGCGCGCGUUACGGGAAAAUGUGCUCGUCUUGCACGCAUGCACAUGCGUGCAGGUUCGUACACCGGUC